AUGGCAGCUACCCCAUACACAUCGCAACAACCCAGAGUGCAGGGUAUACCACAGUAUACACCACAACAGCAAAUUAUGCCAAUAACUGUACCACCAAGUCUUCAGAGACCUACCUUUGGCAUAUCUGUAACAUUAACUAUUCUUGGCUCGUGCUGUUUCAUCUUUGGUAUAAUUAUUAUCAUUGUCUCGAACUUUCCCCUAAUUUCCAUCACUGGAGUGAACAUAUGGGCCGGAUUAUUUUACCUCAUUGCUGGAAUUCUCGGUAUAUCCCACACAAAAUCUCCCACGAAUAUUUCCAUAACGCAUGCCUUUUAUGCAUUCAAUAUUAUUGGAUUUAUUUUCUCGUUUCCGCAUUUGGGCUUAGCAAUUGCAAGUUUAGCUACCUAUGGUGCACUUUUUGGAGCGAUUUCUCUGGUCUUUUCACUACUUGCGCUUUCUUUGACUUUAGCAUUUAUCAUCAUCUUAUCACAACAUAUUUACUGCAGAUCAAGCGGUCAAUUUAGUCAAGGCCAGUACUCCAACUUUACCGGAACUCAACCAGUAACGUAUCAAGUAAAUCAACCCAUACAACAACCACCAAUCAUAGCUAAUCCAAAUAUGCCAGCUGGAGCCCCUUUGCAGCCGCCACCAAUGAUGAACCCUCAACCAACCGAUACGAGUAACGAAAAAUCUCCAUCUGGAUUACCUCCUCCUUAUUAA